AUGUCUCAAUUAGCACUUGUCGCCUCAGCAAUGUCCUCCUCUACGUCCGUAAAAACAUAUGAUGAAUGCGUAGCAAAUAAAUAUCCGAUUGUACACGCACAAAUUUUAGAUGUAAAUACCAUUCAUGUCUUGAUGUUGUUUAGACACGUUGAAACCGAAAAAAACGCCUCCAAAUCCGCCCUCAAUGAUCCUAGUAAGGGGUCCAUUCAAAUCUUUGUUAAAACCCUUUCUGGAGAAAGUCGGGCAAUGUUCGUGUCCUCACAAAGUACUGUCCUUGAAUUGAAACGUGUCAUCCAAGAAAAGCUUGGAUAUAAAAUCACGCAGAUGCGUCUUGAAUUGGCUUGUAAACCAUUGGAAGAUGAUAAACCUUUAACCUCUUAUGGUGUCAAACAAGGUGAUAAUAUAUGUAUUUUAUUUCGAUUAUUGGGAGGCCUUGGUUUUUAUGUUAUCAAGGAAAAUUUACUAGACCGUAAAUAUGAUCGUGAUUAUACGAAUAUAAAAAAUGAAGGUAAAAUUUACAUUCGUGGGAAACUAACGUACAACAAGCCUUAUGGAUGGAAAAGAAUAGCACUUAAUGUUUUAGGAAAGUAUGGUUCAGAUAACAAAUGGUUAGGUUGCGUUGGUGAUAGUUCUGAAGAAUGGUCAGUUUCUUAUCAUGGUACUAAAAAGGAUGUUGUUGAUUCUAUUGCCAUUAAUGGUUACCUGCUUAGUAAAGGAUUAAGGUUUGCAUACGGGAAAGGAAUUUAUUCAUCUCCUAAAAUUGAGGUGGCUGAAGAAUAUGCGGCUCAAUUUGUUCAUGCUGGUGCUGAAUAUAAAUUUGUUUUUCAGAAUAGAGUUAACCCUGCAGGAUUGAUCAAAUUUGAUAAUGUUGAUUAUUGGCUUACACCAGAUGAAAAGAAUAUUCGACCAUACGGGUUAUGCGUGAAAAAAGUUCAAUAA